CAGCCAACAUCGUAUCACUCCACCGCUUUAUCAUAAAUUUAAAUACCAGCCUUUCUUCUUCGUUCUUCAUUUGUUUCUCCUCUUCUCAGUUUUAUACGCCGUUUUUCUGAGUUGUAAAAUGGAUAUGGUUAACACUUUCCUCAAUUUUACGGCAUUUCCCUUCACUUUUGCAGCAAUGUGUUUUUUGUUGCCCCCAUUUCUGUUUAUCAAACUAAUAAUCUCCAUCUUCUCUUCGUUCUUCCUCGAAAAUGUCGCCGGAAAAGUAGUCCUCAUCACCGGCGCUUCCUCCGGCAUUGGCGAGCAUCUAGCAUAUGAAUAUGCAAAAAGAGGAGCAUGUUUAGUGCUGUCAGCUAGAAGAGAGGGAAGCCUACGAGAAGUCGGGGAUUUAUGUCUCGAGUUAGGCUCACCGGAUGCAAUUGUGGUGCCUGCUGAUGUUGCUAAAAUUGAAGAUUGUCAGCGGCUCGUGAAUGCUACCAUAUCACACUAUGGACAAUUGGAUCAUUUAGUCAAUAAUGCUGGCAUUGUUGGGGUUGGUCAAUUUGAUGAUUUAGAAGACGUCACUAAAAUGAGACCGGUUAUGGAUAUUAAUUUCUGGGGUUCUGUAUAUACAACUCGGUUUGCUAUUCCGCACCUCAGAAACACGCGAGGAAAGAUUGUUGUCAUGUCGUCUUCAGCAUCAUGGAUACCCUUACCUAGAGAGAGCUUCUACAAUGCAAGUAAGGCAGCAGUGUCAGCUUUCUACGAGACACUCAGGGUUGAACUAGGUUCCGAUGUCAAAAUAACCAUCGUAACACCUGGUGUGAUAGAGUCGGAGUUUACCAAGGGCAAGGUUUGGACUGAGGAAGGCAUGAAAGUGGAUCAGGAAUUAAGAGAUGUGCAAGUGAAUGUAAUUCCAGUAGGAACAAUCGAAGGGACAGCAAAGUCCAUCAUACACAGUGUGUGCCGUGGGGAUAGGCAUGUGACAAUACCAUCAUGGUUUAAAGUGACCUACUUUUUGGAUAUGUUGUGCCCGGAGGUGUUAGAGUGGACGUACCGCUUGCUGUUUCUUACGAGCACAGACAAUACACCAAGAGGCGCUAUUGGGAAGCAUAUUGUGGACUUUCCGGGGGCAAAAGCCAUGUUAUACCCUCCUGGAAUCCAGUCCCUUGAUGUCAAAACCGAGUAAAAAUCCCUCACUUAGGUCAACAUCUAAUGUAUUAAUAAGUUUUACGUGCUUCAUCAAAUGUAUAAAUAAAACCAUCUUAAGAGAUGUGAGUGCGGAUAUUCAAUAGAUAAAUAAAUUUUAGUAUAUGGCAAUAUUUGUGAGUUAAGUUUGAGUUUUAUGAAUUCCUGUUUCACUUAAAAGUUGAUGUGUGUAUUUAGUAUAAUCUUGACACGGUGUUUUUUAUGAAUGUAGUAAAAUCUUUUUGUA